AUGGCUCAGAGGGACCAUUGCAGAGAGCUACUUGUCUUUUGGUGCUUUGGAGUGAAUCAUGUCAGCCAUGAGGAAAAGCGCGUUUAUCUAUUGGUGUCGUCAAUCUUUAUUUCAUUUCUGGUGGUUGGUUACCAAGCAACGGGCGAUUUCUCUGAAGAGUGUCCGCCAAUGCAAGUCUCUUGUGGGUGGAUUGUAUCAGCAACAAACAACAGCAUCCAUAUCGUUGGUGACAUAUCAAGCUUUAUCCCAUCAUCUGGUUCUUCUCGUUAUCGGCAAUUCGGUGGGCAUCCUGAAAUGAAGGUCUCUUAUCGAUUGAUCACAUCAGCAACAAGGAACAACUUGUAUAUCUUUGAUAUCAGCAAGCUUUCUAUCUCUUGGUGGUUCUGGUUAUUGGCGAUUCCUUUGAUGGAUCUUUACAACUAUACGUGUCUUAUGGAUGGAUCAUGUCAUCAACAAGCGAUGAGAGUCCGCGUUGACAUCUUUGGUGUUACCAAGGUCAUUUAUGCAUCUCCUCAAGGCAUUCAUCGUCAAGCUGCAUUCGAUUUCCAAUGA